CGAACUCUUAUAUCUCUCUGCUACCAAUGUAUUUGGUUCAUACGGCGAUGGUAUCCGCUCUCUGUGUCUUUGGAGAAUAACUCUUCUUGCAACAUGGCGGUCGUGCAAUAAAUGUAAAGGUGCAGGGUAGAAGACUCUAGUGUUGAAUGAUUAACAAGUGAGUUUCGAAAGCAACAAUCGCAAGUUUUUUUCAGUGGGGCGAUUGUUUUUCCGGUGGCGGAAAAGUUAAUACUGGCUCUUUUUUUCAAGACGAAAGUUUCUUGCCUUACCAACUAAUUGUGUCGAUAUUGAGUUUCAAGAGAAGUGUCGGGUGUAUUUUAUAGGCACGUCAUCUGCAAAAACUUGAAUAGAAGAUACCGAAUUUGACAUGUCAUCUUCAAUGUAUUGCCUGUUAUUCAUGGAUUUAGCUGAACGGUUCCAGAUCAAACUGAGUAUGGCAUCAAGACACAGUCCGCAUCAACAGCAGGCUGUACCAAAUGCCCAGCAGCAUCAACAGCAAAAUAAGAAUAUUACUUCACUUCUGUCAAAACUUCAUGGUGCAUUUGCUGAAGCGAUGGCUCCUCCCAAAUUAAUGAUAGACCGCCGUGCAUUAGAAAAAACAUGGAAACUAAUGGACAAAGUGGUUAAACUCUGCCAACAUUCUAAAAUGAAUUUAAAGAAUUCUCCACCAUUCAUCCUUGACAUACUUCCAGAUACCUACCAGCAUUUGCGUCUCAUCUACACAAAAUAUGAGGACAAUAUGGUAGCACUGAACAAUGAAGAAUACUUCAAAGUGUUCAUUGAAAACCUUAUGCGGAAGUGCAAACAAGCUAUCAAGCUGUUCAAGGAAGGAAAGGAAAAGAUGUUUGAUGAAAAUUCUCACUAUAGACGCAACUUGACAAAGCUAAGUUUGGUGUUCAGCCACAUGUUAAGUGAAUUGAAAGCCCUUUUUCCUGGUGGCAUGUUUGCUGGUGGACAAUUUAGAAUUACAAAAAGUGAUGCUGCUGACUUCUGGCGUAAUUCAUUUGAGGACAGAACCAUAGUUGCAUGGAAAAUUUUCAGGCAAACCUUGCACGAAGCCCACCCGAUCAGCUCUGGUCUGGAGGCCAUGGCUUUGAAAUCGACGAUCGACUUGACUUGCAAUGACUAUAUCUCCAACUUCGAAUUUGAUGUUUUUACCCGAUUGUUUCAACCGUGGUCCACCUUAUUACGAAACUGGCAAAUUCUGGCCGUCACUCACCCAGGCUACGUGGCGUUUCUGACCUAUGACGAAGUUAAAGCAAGAUUGCAGAAAUAUAUAAACAAACCUGGAAGUUACGUUUUCAGAUUAAGUUGCACCCGCUUGGGUCAAUGGGCCAUCGGAUAUGUUACUGCAGAUGGAACUAUUUUGCAGACAAUUCCCCAGAAUAAAUCUCUCUGCCAAGCAUUACUUGAUGGGUUCAGGGAAGGAUUCUAUUUAUAUCCUGACGGUCGAUCUGUGAAUCCCGAUCUUAGCUGGGCUGUAGCGGCAACACCUGAAGACCAUAUCCAAGUGACACAAGAACAGUAUGAGCUCUACUGCGAAAUGGGAUCUACUUUCCAGUUGUGUAAAAUCUGUGCCGAAAACGAUAAAGAUGUCCGCAUAGAACCGUGUGGUCAUUUGCUCUGCACGCCUUGCCUUUCGUCGUGGCAGGAAUCUGAAGGACAAGGAUGUCCUUUUUGUCGUGCGGAAAUCAAGGGAACAGAACUGGUGGUUGUUGAUCCAUUUGAACCUAGCAAGAACAACAUUCGAUCUGUAUUGAAUUCAGCCAACAAUAACAGUGCUCUCAAUAUUGCCAUUGGAAACGAGUCCAUGGGACACGAAGAGGUACCUUUCCUGAUGUCGAAAAAAAGAAAUAGUGUAUCUCUGCCGCCUUCUGUAUCUACAAUUUGUUCCGCGCUGGCCCCGCCGUUACCUCCACGCCGAUCUUCGCCAAUCACGUUAUCGGGACGAUCGCAAAUGAGAUCUCCUUCUGAUAUGUUGGCUGAUUCUAUUCAUCCAGGUGAUCACCAGGUGAACAAACAAGCACUGAAGUCUAGAACUGGUGCGGUACGUGUCAACCUGAAAGUAGCACAACUCCGUUCACCCAGUGUUCCUACAGCCGCAAUCAAGUGUAGAUCUUGCCCCACUCUGUUUACAUUGCAGGACAAUUCUUCAGAUGUCUCGGAGAAUCAGAAUGACUAAAUGUAAGAAAAUUUCAUAACGUUUCAAAUUUCUGUGCCGAUCUGGUUUUACUCUCGGCACGGUAACCCGUGUAAUCCAUGUUAUGAAUAUUGAAUAUGUAUUAACCAAUUAUUCGGAAUUUUCAAUA